GAACGAGGAGAGGCUUUGGUGAGGAAGCCCCGCCUUACACAAGUGUAUGACGUCAUAGUCGCCAUGGCCAGCUAUCCGUACGGGCAGACUUUCCCAGAAGCUACAGGACAGGCGCCUGGAGCACCCCCAGGUGGCUACUACCCUGGACCUCCCCACGGCGGGGGCCAGUAUGGCAGUGGACUUCCCCCUGGUGGUGGUUAUGGAGGUGCUGCCCCUGGAGGGCCCUAUGGAUACCCCAGUGCUGGGGGACUCCCCUCUGGGACUCCAAGUGGACCAUAUGGUGGUGUACCUCCAGGGGGCCCCUACGGUCAGCCACCUCCAAGUUCCUAUGGUGGCCAGCAGCCUGGACCUUAUGGACAGGGUGGUGUCCCCCCCAAUGUGGACCCUGAGGCCUACUCCUGGUUCCAGUCGGUGGAUGCCGACCACAGUGGCUAUAUCUCCCUCAAAGAGCUGAAACAGGCCCUAGUCAACUCUAACUGGUCCUCCUUCAAUGAUGAGACAUGCCUCAUGAUGAUAAACAUGUUUGACAAGACCAAAUCUGGCCGCAUUGAUGUCGUCGGCUUCUCAGCCCUCUGGAAGUUCCUCCAGCAGUGGAAGGGCCUUUUCCAGCAGUAUGACCGGGACCGCUCUGGGUCCAUUAGCUCCACAGAGCUGCAGCAAGCUCUGUCCCAGAUGGGCUACAAUCUGAGCCCUCAGUUCACCCAGCUCCUGGUUUCUCGCUACUGCCCACGCUCUGCCACUCCUGCCAUGCAGCUCGACUGCUUCAUCAAGGUGUGUACCCAGCUGCAGGUGUUGACGGAAGCCUUCCGGGAGAAGGACACCGCUGUACAGGGCAACAUUCGGCUCAGCUUUGAGGACUUCGUCACCAUGACAGCUUCUCGGAUGCUAUGACCCAGCCACUCCAAGGGAUGUGGCCUCUCUUCCUUUCCUCCUCUCCUAGCAAAGCCUGACCUAGGAAAGGACUGUGGAAUGGCCCAGCCGUGGAGUAGGGGAUGCUAGUGGUGGUAGUGGAGUUAGUGUCUGGCCACUGUCCCCUGGCCUCUGGCCUUCCCCUCUACUCCCUGAUGCCAGCGCUAAGUGUCAUCAGCUGGCCUCUUGUGGCACCACUGUCACCCCUCACCGAGACCCCCAUGUCAGAUGAGCCCAGUUUCUGCAAAGUGGAGUCGGGCUGAGCAUGAAGGAGAGUUGCUGGGACCAGUGCCUGGGAUUCCUCAACUCUGACCAUCCUUGUGUGUUAGUUAGCAUUAGUUUACCCGAGGCUUUGCCUGCUCCAGGAGCUUGGACAGUCUGCCAUUUUGGCCAUAUCUUAGGAGGUUCCUGCCCUUCAAACCUUGGACCCCUCAUUGGCCUGCCAUGUUCCACUCAGCUUCAGUCCACAGGGGACAGUUACCACAUCUUACUGCCAAUUUUUUAAUUUGCUUUUUUUUUUCUAUUUGGGGCCAAAAGUCCAAAAAAAACAAAACUGUUAGCUUCAAUAAAAGACUCCAUAGUCCCAUGUUUCCCAGCAUGA